CCGGAAGGGGAGGCUGGAGAGGAGCGAGUGGGGGAAACCCGCGUAGCCGAGGGAGCUGCGGCGCAGGGAGAUGGUGGCCUGUGGCAUUCCCCCACCACCAUCUAGGCCCUGAGAUGCAGUGAGCCCCUAUCUGCCACCGUUGCCCAGAAUGGACCGCGGUGGCCUCCUGCCCUUCCAGCUAUGGUGCCCCCGGCCCUUUGGCACCUAUUCACAGAACCAGCCACGCCCGCCUUCCGCAGCCCUUAAGCCAUCAGCCUGCCCUGAGUCAAGCAGUGGGGCUGAGCCAGACCACGGGCCUUCACACUCAGAGAAUACACCUCCCGUCUUGGCCUCAGAGGCCCCUGCCUCCCAGCCUGCUCCGCUCCUCUCAGCAGCAGCUGCUGGCGACGAGGGUCGAGUCCUGCUGGACACAUGGUAUGUUAUCAAGCCCGGGAAUACAAAGGAGAAGGUGGCCUUCUUUGUGGCUCACCAGUGUGGUGGUGGCAGCCGGGCCAGCUCCAUGAAGGUCAAGGGGCACUGGGGCAGUGACAGCUCCAAGGCCAAACGGAGGAGGCGCUGUCUUGAGCCUACUAAAGCUCCGCCAGACCCAGGGGGCCGGGAGGGGCCCCCUGCUGCUGAGGGGCCCCCAGCCUCAGCCAGUGAGGAUGUGGAUCUGCUCUCUGUGGCUGAGAUGGUGGCCCUGGUGGAACAGCGGGCUGCCCUGGCCCUGCAGAACUACCCACGCCCUGGCACCCCAGCGCCUGUGGUCUUUGUGUCAGCAGAGCAGGGCGGGCCUGCCAAGGGACUGGGGUCCGAACGGCGGUCUGGUGGCGGGGACUGCAGCCGUGUAGCUGAGGCAGUGGCCCACUUCGAGGCCCAGCGGGACAACCCUCCAGCCAAGGGCCUUCGCAAGGAGGAGCGGCCUGGGCCAGGCCCCGGGGAGGUGCGCAUUGCCUUCCGCAUCUCCAAUGGCCGAGAGCCCCGUGCACCAGAUGGCAGCUUGCCCAAUGGGAGUGGGGGCCGGCCCGGCUGUGCCUACCCUGGCAGCCCAGGGCCUGGGGCCCGAGCCAAGGACAAGAUCACCUGCGACCUGUACCAGCUAAUCAGCCCCUCUCGGGACGCCCUCCCCAGCAAUGUGGAGUUUCUUCUGGCCAGGGCAGAUGAAGCCAAUGAGGGGGAGACCCCAGCCCCUGCCAGGCCUGAGGACACUCCCCCGGCUCCCCCUCCACCCCCUGCCCGGGACUGCGGAGCAUCUGGCUUCCAUGUGGAUGUGGUAGUGACUGGCGUGGUAGAUGAGUGCAUCUUCUUUGGCAAGGAUGGCACCAAGAACGUGAAAGAGGAGACGGUGUGCCUGACAGUCAGCCCCGAGGAGCCGCCCCCACCUGGCCAGCUCUUUUUCCUCCAGUCCCGUGGGCCAGAUGGGCCCCCCGAGCCACCCCCAGCCGACUCACCAGCCACCGCACCAGGUCCUGACGAUGCCGAGGGCACGGCGGACACUUCCCUGUGCCGCCUGUACCGGCACGUGUCGCAUGACUUCCUGGAGAUCCGCUUCAAGAUCCAAAGGCUUCUGGAGCCGAGACAAUACAUGCUACUGCUGCCCGAGCACGUGCUGGUCAAGAUCUUCAGCUUCCUGCCCACCCGGGCCUUGGCGGCCCUCAAAUGCACCUGCCACCACUUCAAGGGCAUCAUUGAGGCAUUUGGAGUGCGGGCCACAGACUCGCGUUGGAGCCGCGACCCACUCUACCGGGAUGACCCUUGCAAGCAGUGCCGCAAGAGAUACGAGAAGGGCGAUGUGUCGCUCUGCCGCUGGCACCCCAAGCCGUACCACCAUGACCUGCCUUACGGACGUUCCUACUGGAUGUGCUGCCGCCGAGCCGAUCGCGAGACACCUGGCUGCCGCCUGGGUCUGCAUGAUAACAACUGGGUGCUGCCCUGUAACGGGCCAGGCGGGGGUGGUGGCAGGGCUGGCCGGGAGGAGGGGAGGUGAAGCCGGGGGAGGGGGGGGGAGAGCCCACCAUGCCCACCCCCACCCCCUCCCCUUGGGAGCCAAGGCCCAGGACCGGGUCACCAGCCCAUACCCCCAGUCCAGGCAGCGUUGAUUCCCCUGCCAGAACUGAGAUGGAGGUGCGGGGGUGACCCAAGAAAGCACUCUGAUUGACCCCUAUUGGUUUUCUACUCUUCAGACCCAGGGCCGGGGACCCUCAAGGAGGGUGUUUUUUAUCAUCAUCUCAAGUUUCUUCUCCACUUAGCCCCAGCACCCUCCCUGCCACUCUCUACACCCCAGGGAUCCACCAGCAGGGAGCAGAUGGCAGCUAAUUUUGGUACUACUUAAGGGUUCCCCCAUCCUAGCCCCCUUCCACUCCUUCUACCAGCUGUCUCUGGAGCUGUGUUCUCCCAAGAGGCUGCAGCACCCAAGGCUGGUACCUCUCCAAACCUACCGCCCCACAGCUUACCUCCUCUUUAGGAAUUGGGGGCUACCCCGUUACAGAUCAAACUGGACACGUUUUAUGGCAGCCUGCCUGCCAUAUCUAGAUGUUUUUCCCAUUAAAACAAAUAAAAACCACAUUUUUCUCCUGAACCUCAAGCUACUAGUCUCUCCACUUCCCCCAGAGGGGAAAAAGAGUUGAAGUAUAAAAAUUUCCCUCCUCCCAUUAUUUAAGCUAUUGUAUCACUCCCCACCUCCCCCCCCCCAAAAAAAAAAAAGCUGUGAAGCCCUUUGCCUCGCUCUUGACAGCGUGGGGGGCCAGCGGGCAGGGACUGUGGGUUUGAAUUUCUGCGUUUUUCCUUCUGCUCUGGGUACUUGUUCAGGCAUUGGGGUCUCUACACCCCCAGCUGUAUGUUUCUUUAGAAUCCUUUGGUCAACUGAGACCUUGAUUUUCAGGCAAUUUGGUCUGGGGUGUUUUUGUUCUUUUGGGAUUUUUUUUGUUCUUGUUUUUUCAUCCCUGUGGUUCUGGAAUCUUCUAGCGUGUGGCAUCUGACCAAUUUUGAAUUGGUUCUUUCUAUAAAAUCCAUAUUUAUAAGGCUGGGCCCAGACUGGUUUGUGUGUUGUUCAGGGAGGGUGUUUGGGAGAGAAGGGAGUUAUGGGCCCGUGCAUGGUGAGAUGGAAAAAGUUGAGAGAAAAGGAUUCUUAGCCAAGUCCCUUGGCAUGAGAUUACUCUUCAUCUGUGUCAGUUUGGACUCGAAAAUCUCCAAACAGUAGUAGCUUAAACAAGAUCGUUUUAAUUCCUUUAGAAAUCCAGUGUUGGGCAGAUGUGGUGGCCCUGACGUCAUCAGGAACCCCAGCCCCUUCUACCUUACUAGUCCAUCAUUCUUUGUCUGUGGCCCUCAUCCUCAUGGUCCAAGAUGGCAGCUAGAACUCUGGCCAUCACCAUUUUGCAGGAAGGAAGCCCCCUUCCACACUAUACAACAGGUCCGCAAAUAACAUCAUUUUGUUCAACAUCGUUUCGUUAUAACAUUGAUGAGAUGCCAUAGGAACUUAAUUCUUAUUUAUAUCAAUUAGCCUGUGGUAAAACUGGUUUUAUUAUACAUUAUUUCACUUAAAGCUGCAGAACCUAUUGGCAGUGUUAAUUGAGAACUUACUGUACUUCUGUGUACAUCUCACUGGUUAGAACUUAGCCAUAUGGAUGGGCUGCAGUGGAGACUGGGAAUGCAGUCUUUUAGCUGGGUAUAUUAUGCCCAGCAAAAAACUCUUUUACUAAAGAUCCCUGUGAUGAAAGCUUUAAAAUAUUCACCUAAUUAUUUACUAAAUUAAAAGGGGGAGCGGGGGUAAGACAUUUAAAAAGUUCAAGUAUAAAAGAAGAGGGAAAAUACAGCCUCUGAUAGUCUUAGCAGGGAAUCAAAAUUUCCAGAGAGACUAGAAUAUAUCAUAUUAGUUAUUCAAUGCUUAGAAUUUAGAAUCAAAGAGACCUGGGUUUGAAUCUUGGCUUGGUUUUGUGGGACUUCAGUUUCCUGUGGAGGGAGGGCCAGAGUAUUUGGACUCUCCUGCUGAAAAAGGGAAGUAAAAAAAAAUCUUAAAAGAAUCAAAUAGUCAAUAAAAUACAGUUAAGGACACAAAAACUGAAAAUUUAAGGGAAAGAUACAUGGGGCUCCAGAGUCACUUUUGCUCUGAAGGCAUUUGCUGAUUGAUGUGGACACGCUUGAGUUCCUUAUUUUUAGCCUUAUUGGGACAAGCAGGCAGAAGUCAAGACCAGGGGCCGGCCGAGUGGCUCAGUUGGUUAAGAGCUCGCUCAAGAGUUUGAGCUCUGAGCAACAGCGGUUUGA